AUGGAUAUCUUGGAUUUAUCAUUAUAUAUCUUCAGUGGAGUUAGAAUCAAUGGAGACAUUUCUAUUUUUUUUCAUCUAGGCAAAGGUAUUCGUCAAGGUGAUCCUAUAUUACCAUACCUUUUUCUUCUUGUAUCAGAUGCUUUAUCUAGAAUUUUGGAUCAUGCAGUUAAUGGGAAUGUUAUUUCGAGAUUUAAGAUCAAUAGAAGAUGUCUAACUUUGACCCAUUUGCUAUUUGCAGAUGACACAAUCCUUUUUGGAUGUGCCUUUAGGUCGGAAGCUCAGCAUCUUAAGAGGAGUUUGGAUGAUUAUAUUCAAUUCUCAAGGCAAUGUAUUAAUCUUCAAAAAUCAGAUAUUACUUUUAGUGGUAACAUGCCUGAUUCAGUGAAGCAAGGUGUGGAAUAUGUUCUCCAUAUACCUAAUUCUGGUAUGCUUUCCAAAUAUUUAGGUAGUCCUUUUUCUAGUGGUCGGUCAAAAUCUCAAGCACUGAAUUUUCUCAAGGAUAGCAUUAGAGCUAAGCUAUUUAGUUGGAAGGCUAAAUUUCUAACUAUGGCGGGGCUAGAAAUUCUCAUUAAGGUUGUCAUACAAGCCAUCCCAUCUUACAUCAUAUCAGUUUUCAACCUUCCCAAUGCUAAGCAAGCUCACAAGAUGUUAAAAAAUCCUGAUGCUCUUUGGGUUAAGGUGAUUAAAGGCAUCUAUUAUCCCUUCACGGACUUCAUGAGUGCUAAUCAAAGAUCUCAUCCAUUAUGGGGUUGGUCUAGUCUUAUCCAAGGAAGAGAAGUUAUCAGAGAUAGUUUGAGAUGGAAUGUCUCAUCUCCUUCAUUUCUUAAUGUGUGGGAGGAACCUUGGAUUCCAUCUCUCCUUGGUUUCAAAAUUGCAAGUCCUCGGCCAAGGGAUAGCCCUAUUGUUUACAUAGCUGAUUUAAUUGCAACAAGGAAUCAGUGGGAUAUUAACAUUCUUAGGGCUUUUUUUUCAAUUAUUGAAUGUCGGGAAAUUAUUAAAAUCCCCCUUAGAGGCUGUCAUAAAGAUCCUGCUAUGAUCUGGCAUCAUUCUCAUAUGGGCAUCCCUUCUGUCAAAGCUGUUUAUAAUAGACUCAAAUCCAAACAGCAAGAUCAUAUUUCAACAGCCCAGCCUUCCUCUUCCUGA